AUGGAUCAGCCUACUGGAAGGAGUUUUAUGCAAGUGUUAUGUGAAAAAUAUAGUCCUGAAAACUUUCCUUACCGCCGUGGUCCUGGGAUGGGAAUCCACGUCCCAGCUACACCUCAGGGCUCUCCUAUGAAAGAUCGCCUCAACCUCCCGAGCGUCCUGGUGCUGAACAGCUGCGGGAUCACCUGUGCGGGGGAGGAGACCGAAAUCGCUGCCUUUUGUGCUCACGUGUCAGAGCUGGAUCUUUCUGACAACAAACUGGAAGACUGGCAGGAGGUCAGUAAAAUUGUGUCAAAUGUUCCCCAGUUGGAGUUUCUAAACCUGAGUUCCAACCCUCUGAAUUUGUCAGUUUUAGAAAGAACAUGUGCUGGGUCCUUCUCUGGGGUUCGAAAACUUGUCCUCAAUAACAGCAAAGCCUCCUGGGAGACAGUGCACACGAUCCUGCAGGAGCUGCCAGAUUUGGAGGAGCUCUUCCUGUGCCUUAAUGAGUAUGAAACAGUGUCUUGUCCUUCUAUUUGCUGUCAUUCUUUGAAGCUCCUACAUAUAACAGACAAUAAUCUCCAAGACUGGACUGAAAUACGAAAGUUAGGAGCAAUGUUUCCUUCGCUGGAUACCCUGGUCCUGGCCAACAACCACCUGAACGCUAUUGAGGAGCCUGAUGACUCACUGGCCAGGUUGUUUCCUAACCUGCGAUCCAUCAGCCUCCACAAGUCAGGUUUGCAGUCCUGGGAAGACAUUGACAAACUAAAUUCAUUCCCUAAACUUGAAGAAGUGAGAUUGUUAGGCAUUCCUCUUCUGCAGCCAUACAGCACCGAGGAGCGCAGGAAGUUGGUCAUAGCCAGAUUGCCAUCAGUUUCCAAACUUAACGGCAGUGUUGUUACCGACGACGAGCGUGAAGACUCGGAGCGGUUUUUCAUCCGUUACUACGUGGCUGUUCCGCAGGAAGAAGUGCCGUUCAGGUAUCAUGAACUGAUCACAAAAUACGGGAAGUUGGAGCCUUUGGCAGAAGUGGAUCUAAGACCCCAGAGCAGUGCAAAAGUGGAAGUCCACUUUAACGAUCAGGUGGAAGAAAUGAGCAUUCGUCUGGACCAGACAGUGGCAGAACUGAAGAAACAGUUAAAAAGCCUCGUGCAGCUGCCCCCGAGCAGCAUGCUGCUCUACCACUUCGACCACGAGGCGCCCUUCGGCCCCGAGGAGAUGAAGUACAGCUCCCGGGCUCUGCACUCCUUCGGCAUCAGGGACGGAGACAAGAUCUAUGUGGAAUCCAAAACCAAGUGA